ACUCAUUCCUACCUGCUGUUCCAGUAGUAAUUUCAGUCCCACUUCUUUCCUGUUUAAGAAUUCCAUGAUUCCGAAGGUGAAAGAGAUCACUGCUAGACUGAAUAGUUUGACUACUCGAAGAAGUAGUUUGGGGUUGAGUGAGAUCUUGUCUCAAGCUCCAACCUCCAAGGGAAAGCAACCUAGGCUGCAACCAACUUCCGUACUGGAUGGAGUUGUGGAGUAUGUUGGCAGACACAAGGAGAAGACAGAAAUGAUUGAGUUUCUCGAAGGUGAUAACUCCAACGGAGUUUCAGUCCUUUCCAUCGUCGGCAUGGGAGGGAUGGGUAAAACAACUCUUGCUCAGCUUGUUUACAAUGAUGCCACCAUCAACCAGUCUUUUCACCACAAGGCCUGGGUAUGCGUUUCUGAUCAUUUUGACGCAGUUAAUAUAACCAGGACAAUUUUAAAAUCCAUCGAUCCUGACUCUCGUGACGAGAAUGACUUGAAUUUACUUCAAGUUAAGUUGAAGGAGAAGUUGUCUGGGAAAAGAUUCUUGCUUGUUUUAGAUGACAUUUGGAACGAGAAUUAUGAUGAUUGGACCAUCUUACGGUCUCCGUUUGGAACAGGGACCCAUAUCAUUGUAACCACUCGUCUUCGAAUUGUUUCAUCUAUUGUGGAUCCGCUCAAAGCUUUUCAUUUGGAUAAACUAUCGGAUGAUGAUUGUUUAUCCAUAUUUACACAGCAUGCAUUAAAAGCAAGAAAUUUCGAUGGACAUCUCCAGUUUAAAGAAAUUGGAGAGAAAAUUGUUAGAAGGUGCAAUGGCUUACCUUUGGCUGCAAAAGCCAUUGGAAGCUUGCUUCGCACUGUUGAAUAUCAUGGAAAAUGGGAAAGAAUAUAUGAGAGUGAGAUAUGGAACUUACCAGAAGAGCAGUGUGGCAUAAUUCCAGCUUUGCGAUUAAGCUACCAUCAUCUUCCGUCAUACUUGAAACGAUGUUUUGCAUAUUGCUCCAUACUUCCUAAAGAUUAUGAAUUUGAGGAAGAAGAAAUUAUCUUGUUAUGGAGAGCAGAAGGUCUCUUGCAACAAAAAGCUAUGCCUCAAAUUAAAGAUCUCGGAAAUCAAUAUUUUCAAGAUCUAGUGUCCAGGUCAUUUUUUCAGACAUCCAGUAAAGAUAAGUCCCGAUUCGUAAUGCAUGACCUUAUCAAUGAUUUAGCUCAAGUAGUUGCAGGGGAAAUAUGCUCAAAAUUAGAGGGUGAUAAGAAAUGGAAGUUCUCAAAUCGCACUCGACAUUCUUCUUAUAUUGUUGGAACAUAUGACACAGUGAAGAAGUUUGAAGCAUUUGAUCAAGUGAAUUCUUUACGUACUUUUUUACCCUUAACGUUUUCUAGUGAUUAUUGGCGGCAUUAUUUAACUAAUGUUGUUUUGGUUGAUUUAUUGCCAAGACUUGGCUACUUAAGGGUGCUUUCUUUGAGUGGGUAUGCCAUCACUGAGUUGCCUGAUGUUUUUGAAAAUUUAAAACAUCUUCGUUACUUAAAUUUUUCGGGCACAGAAAUCGAAUGCCUACCAGAUUCUUUGUGCACUCUUUACCAUUUAGAAACCUUAUUAUUAAGGUGGUGUUACAAGCUUCAAAGGUUACCUUCAAAGAUGGGAAAUCUUGUCAACUUGCAUUAUCUUGAUAUCAGAGGUGCGAACUCAAUAGAAAGGAUUCCUUUUAGAAUUGAUAAGCUAAAGAAUCUUCAAAGGUUAUCUGAUUUUAUCAUAGCGGAAGGUGAUGGUUGUCAUAUUAGAUAUUUGAAAUAUUUGUCAAACCUCGAAGGUGAUUUCCGUCUUUCUGGGUUGGAGAAUGUUAAUGGUGAAGAUGCAGGGAAAGCAAGUUAUAUGAGAAGCAGGGAUUGA